CUCUACAGGUUUUUAGGUGUUCCACCUGGAAGAGGAAGCUGCCCCCUGACAGGACCUUUACCGUUUGACCUCAUGUACACUGAUUACCACGGACUACAGCAAAUGAAGCAGCACUUGGGUCUUUCUCUGAGGAAGCACAAAUGCCAUAUUCGGGUGAUUGACACCUUCGGCACAGAGCCUGCUUACAACCACGAGGAAUAUGCCACUCUUCACGGCUACAGAACCAACUGGGGCUACUGGAACCUUCAUGGCCAACAGUACAUGACCAUGUUCCCCCACACUCCAGACAACUCUUUUAUGGGUUUUGUGGCAGAGGAACUGAAUGAGACUGAGAGGAUGUUUAUUCAGAGGAACAAAGUCAACAACAUGGCUGUUGUCUAUGGCAAAGAUGCCAGCAUGUGGAAGCUUCAAGGUAAAGAAAAUUUCCUGGCAAUCCUGCAUCGUUACAUGGAUAUCCAUGGUACUGUGUACUUUGAGACGCAGCGCCCCCCAGAGGUCCCUGCUUUUGUUAAGAAUCAUGGUCUGUUACCUCAGCAGGAGCUGCAGCAGCUCCUCAGAAAGGCAAAGCUAUUCAUUGGAUUUGGCUUCCCAUAUGAAGGCCCGGCUCCUUUAGAAGCGAUAGCCAAUGGCUGCAUUUUUCUGCAACCCAAGUUUAAUCCUCCUCACAGCUCUCUCAAUCAUGAAUUCUUCAGAGGGAAGCCCACCUCCAGAAAGGUGUCCUCUCAACAUCCCUACGCAGAGGAGUAUAUCGGCAGGCCGCAUGUCAUCACCAUUGACUUCAAUAACUCUGAAGUAUUUGAAGCAACCAUACGUGAGAUCAUGAAGAUCGAUGUGGAGCCGUUCCUGCCCUAUGAAUAUACAUGUGAAGGAAUGCUUGAAAGGGUUCAUGCCUAUAUUCAGAAUCAGGUGGGUAUUCAGCAUAAUGAUGGUUUGGGGUCCAGAUUAUACACCAAUACGCCAAGAGCAAGAGGGCUGUUUUUAUAUUCUACAUCCAUACA